GGCUGGAUAAGGGCUCAGAGUUGCACUGAGUGUGGCUGAAGCAGCGAGGCGGGAGUGGAGGUGCGCGGACUCAGGGAGACGGACAGAUACAGGCAGGCAGGCAAGACGGCAGCAGAGUCCGAGCUGCAAAUCUUAUUUUCUUUUCCAUUUUCUCACCAACUGCCCAGAGCUAGCGCCUGUGGCUCCCGGGCUGGUGUUUUGGGGAGCGUCCGGAGAGCCCCUUCUCCAGCCGCCCCCAGGAGGAGAGCCCCGCUUCCCCGGAGCUGGUGACAGCGCAGAGAGCGGCGACAGUCUGUCCGGGGAAGUCCAGAGAGCCGCUGCAGCGGCAAAGAACUUUCCUGACCAGGGGGACAGGGGACAAGUGGCCCGAGUCCCGGAGCGAACUUUUGCAAAGCUUUCCUGCGCCCGAAGCUGCCGCGGCGGCGAAGACAGGAAGGCGGCGGAGAGAGGAGACCAAGGAGGGACGUGCGCUCAGUUUCACUCGCACCGGUUGCUGAACUUGGGCGAGCGCGAGCCGCGGCUGCCCGGCGCCCCCUCCCCCUAGCAGCGGAGGAGGGGACAGUCGUCGGAGUCUGGGCGGCGGACACCCGCUGCCGGCCGGCCACCGCGGGAUCGACGCUGACUGCCGCCGCCGGCAGGGCCGCUGUCGUCGGGAAGCUUGUUCGUCUGCGGGCUCCCAGGGACGGCUGCGCCAAGAGCGCUCCGUGAGCGACCGCGACUUUUCAAAGCCGAGCAGCGCGCGCGAGCUGACAAGUUAAGAGUGCUGGCGGCAUCUGAACCCUGAGCGCCUGGGAGCGAGCCGGUGAGCAGGGCGCAGGGGGGAGGACAGCCGGCGGGUGCGCGCGCCCCUCGAGAAACUUUCCCUGCCCAGGGCCCCGGGAGGGGUGUCCUCCGCUCGCCAGCGCGCUGUUGCGGCCCCGAAACUUCUGCGCGCAGCCCAAACUAACCCCACGUGAAGUGACGGACUGUUCUAUGACUGCAAAGAUGGAAACGACCUUCUACGACGAUGCCCUCAACGCCUCGUUCCUCCAGUCCGAGAGCGGUGCCUACGGCUACAGUAACCCCAAGAUCCUGAAACAGAGCAUGACCCUGAACCUGGCCGACCCGGUGGGCAGCCUGAAGCCGCACCUCCGGGCCAAGAACUCGGACCUCCUCACCUCGCCCGACGUGGGGCUGCUCAAGCUGGCCUCGCCCGAGCUGGAGCGCCUGAUAAUCCAGUCCAGCAACGGGCACAUCACCACCACGCCGACCCCCACGCAGUUCCUGUGCCCCAAGAACGUGACAGACGAGCAGGAGGGCUUCGCCGAGGGUUUCGUGCGCGCCCUGGCCGAACUGCACAGCCAGAACACGCUGCCCAGCGUCACGUCGGCGGCGCAGCCGGUCAGCGGGGCGGGCAUGGUGGCUCCGGCGGUGGCUUCGGCGGCGGGCGGCAGCGGCAGCGGUGGCUUCAGCGCCAGCCUGCACAGCGAGCCGCCGGUCUACGCCAACCUCAGCAACUUCAACCCGGGCGCUCUGAGCAGCGGCGGUGGGGCGCCCUCCUACGGCGCGGCCGGCCUGGCCUUUCCCGCGCAGCCCCAGCAGCAGCAGCAGCCCCCGCAGCCGCCGCACCACCUGCCCCAGCAGAUCCCCGUGCAGCACCCGCGGCUGCAGGCCCUGAAGGAGGAGCCGCAGACGGUGCCCGAGAUGCCCGGGGAAACGCCGCCCCUGUCCCCCAUCGACAUGGAGUCGCAGGAGAGGAUCAAGGCGGAGAGGAAGCGCAUGAGGAACCGCAUCGCUGCCUCCAAGUGCCGGAAAAGGAAGCUGGAGAGGAUCGCCCGGCUGGAGGAAAAAGUGAAAACCUUGAAAGCGCAGAACUCGGAGCUGGCGUCCACGGCCAAUAUGCUCAGGGAACAGGUGGCACAGCUUAAACAGAAAGUCAUGAACCACGUUAACAGUGGGUGCCAACUCAUGCUAACGCAGCAGUUGCAAACGUUUUGAGGAGAGGCUGUUGGGGGCUGAGGGGCAACAGAGAAAAAUAAAAUUCACCCAGAGAGACAGACUUGAGAACUUGACAAGUUGAGAGAGAAAGAGAGAGAGAAAAGUGUCCAAGGACUAAAGCCAAGGGUAUCCAAGUUGGACUGGGCGGCGUCCUGACGGCGCCCCCAGUGUGCACGAGUGGGAAGGACUUGGCGCGCCCUCCCUUGGCGUGGGGCCAGGGAGCGGCUGCCUGCGGGCUGCCCCGCUUUGCGGAUGGGCUGUCCCCGCGCGAACAGAACGUUAGACUUUUCUUUAACAUUGACCAAGAACUGCAUGGACCUAACAUUCGAUCUCAUUCAGUAUUAAAGGGGGGAGGGGGAGGGGUUACAAACUGCAAUAGAGACUGUAGAUUGCUUCUGUAGUACUCCUUAAGAACACAAAGUAGGGGGGGAGGGGUUGGGGGAGGGGAGGCGGGAGGGAGUUUGUGAGCGCGAGGCUGAGCCUGCAGAUGAACUCUUUCUGGCCUGCCUUCCUUAACUGUGUAUGUACAUAUAUAUAUUUUUUAAUUUGAUGAAAGCUGAUUACUGUCAAUAAACAGCUUCAUGCCUUUGUAAGUUAUUUCAUGUUUGUUUGUUUGGGUGUCCUGCCCAGUGUUGUUUGUAAAUAAGAGAUUUGGAGCACUCUGAGUUUACCAUUUGUAAUAAAGUAUAUAAUUUUUUUAUGUUUUGUUCCUGAAAAUUCCAGAAAGGAUAUUUAAGAAAAUACAAUAAAAUAUUGAAAAAGUA